AUGGCUAACGGAGGGAUCAGGGCCGAUUCUAGUUUUUCUUCUCGUUCGCUACCCGAAAGGUCUGUGGAGGCCAGCUCGGAGGAGACCUCCGGCAGAUCGGAGUCUUCGUCCUCUAGUUCUUCUUCCAUCAGGGUUCCCUCGGUCGUAGUGCGGGGAACGGCUCAGACCUGGGAGGUGGUCCCGCCUUCUCGCAAAGCGGUAAAGGGAAAACGACCUGGGGCGUCGAUAGGUGGAGCCAUGGUUAGUUCGACCCCUCUGAUCCGUAUUCCGAAUCCUCAAACUCUGGAGACUAAGAGAAAAGGGGAGAGGCUGGACUUGCCGCCGAGCAAGAAAUCCCGGACUCCGCAUCUUGCUGAGGCGAUUCCUCCCGUUCGUCACGGUAUGGGCAAAGACAAGUGCAUUAUACCAGUCAUGGAAUCAUCAUAA